GGUCCCAAAUAUAACGGCACUGCACUUUGAUUUUCUGUGCACCUCUAAGACGUCCUCCCUGAUUGAAUUUCGACAGAGUCGAAGAACCCGCGUAGCCGUACGAAUGCUUGAACGUACGCGAAGACUGAGCAAAAGCUUUAGCCCGUUGCAGAGAGGGUAUUCCAGACAGCUUACGUCUCGCAAGUUUGUUUCUUUUUUGCUUCGACUAACUGUACCGGUAGGUGGAACGCGAGGAUGCACUGCUGGGAAUGCCAUGAUUACCUUGCCUUUUGCUUGUGCGUGCAUGUUUGUUUAUCUGAUUUCGAGUGCCGUUUUCGGUCGAUUGUUGCCCAUCUUCCUCUGUCGUCCUCCCCUCACAAGCUCAUUUCGUAUUUUUUUCUUUUCUGCGUUCCUGGUACACCGCUCCCCGUAUUUUAAUGUUCGCGCGUUUCGCUGUGCGCGAAUCGAAGAACGUGACUUCGGCGGCUGCGGGCACUCGCAUGAGUCAUCGCUGCGUCGGCCCCGAGUCAGUCUCUCGCCACGAAGAACCGUGGGAGGAGGGGGCGGUCGCCUGAGCAGGAGAGAGUGAGGCGGCAGAAAAGCACAGAGAAAGAAGGCACUGCGGUGCCUCUCGCUUCGUCAUCGUUCGCCGCUCUGUGUUUCGCCAUCAACCACCACCGCCGGCGGCCGGCGGCUUUCGUCAACGAAGGGAAAAGCGUCGUGCACAGAGAGGCGCGCGCUCCCUCGAGCAAAGACCGGGGGGUACAGAUGGGGGAGACAAAGUGCUGCUGGCGGUGCGGCAAGUGCGCGCGUGCACUGCGUCCCCGCAGCUCCCGCGCCUCCCUUCUUUGCAAAGUUGGGGGAGUACGCGCGGAGUCUCGGUGCAGUCGGCGGUGGGAUCCCCCCGUGACGCAUUGUGGGAGCCAGCUAGCCGUCCACGAGGAGCUGGCGUCGCCAGCGGCUCAGUGAGAGCGACCACUCUGCCGCUUCCGUCCGGUGCUGCUGUAGCAAGCAACUGUGCUCUUUUCUAGAAUGAUGCGACGUCGUGAAUACCGUGCUCGACGCUAUUGUUGAGAGGACAGAAAUAUUGAAGCUGUGCCUUUUUUUCCCUCGUGAGAUCAGUGUGACGCCAUUGUCGCGGUCAUUUCGAUUAAUCGGUGCGGCGGAGUACCUUCUUUCGGCUCCGAAUGAGGUAGUGACAGUCCCGAUUCCUAACGGUGCCGCAGCGCGUCUGCGUGCGCGUGUGACAUGGACGCCGUGAGGUUGCCCGAGAGUCGUGCAUCUUCAAGUGCGAACAGCACCGUCGAGGGAAAGGCGUCGCCGUCCCAGCAAUCGACGGCUGUUGUCGGCGCGUCGACACGGCGUCGUGCGACGCGGCGUCCCGAAGCAGGCGGGACGUCGACCUUCUGGCGACGGCGGCCGCUGCUUCAGCGGAGCCAGACCUGCCUGGGCGACGUGGAGCGAAAGGCGAAGAAGAAGUCGUCCGCCUCGUCGUCCGACCGCUGUCCCGGAGGUGGCACCGAGGACUACUGGUUCCUCGAGCCCGCGAGCGCUAGUUCAACUGUUGUUACUCCUGUCGGUGCCAGUGCGAGUGGUGCUGGGAUAGUUGUUGAAGAGCGCGCUCAAGCGCGGGACAGGAAAUUGCGUAGUGCCGACCGGAACUCUAAAGGCGGUUCUUGCCUCUUCCUGUCGCAGUGCUGUUGCCAGACGAAAGGACAGCAACGAAGCGAAUGCUCCCCGCAUUUCUCGCCAUCUAGGUCGGCGGCUCCUACAUCCCCGAGCAUCAGCUGCGGCUCGUCGUCGUCAAAGAACGCAGCCGAGAACCAGCGGUUCAGCAACAGCGGCAGCAAGUCGAGCCCUCAGCCACCACCGCACCAGUCACAGGCCUCCGGUUCGAGCUCUGCGUCGGUGUCCUCCGCCAUUCAUAGCGAACCCGGCAGCAAGGCCUCUAAGACAGCGGAUGAAGCUGCAGCAUCAGCAGCGGCGUCGGCAGCAGAGGCAUGCGGCGACGACGCGGGCGAUGUGCAGUACUGCGACCCUUGGGACACGGGCCCAGCCGCCGUGGCUCUGCGGCUGCUGAGAGCCGAAGAGCAGCGCAACAAGAGCCCCACUCCGGCACACACCAGCCCUGCCGCAGGGGGGGUGCUGUCUGCCGACGAGAUGGCCCGCCAGCGGCACAUCUACGAGACGGCGUUCGACUCGCGCGUCAAGCAGCGAGACCCGGACCAGGACUUGGACCGACUGGCCCAGAGCCCCGUACUCCUCGCUGGGCUGCAGCAGCAGCCCCGUGCAGGCCCCCUCUACCCGGUGCCGUCAUCGUCCUCGUCUUCAGGAGUGUCAGUUACACCAGGUCGUAAGGGAGGCAUCACAAGGCAGCCUUCACUGCAGGAUGCCUGUUGCCCAAAGCCACCACCGCACCAGGGGAGCAGUAGCGGCACUGCAGCAUCUUCUAACGUUCAGCAGCAACCAGCACCAACACCUCGUGGUUCGAGCAACAGUGGCGGUGGCAACCCUUCAGUUCCGAUUCCUGCCACCAGAGGGCAGGGUUUGGCGAGCAAGCAAGCGUCGGCGGCCGACAAGGCCAUUUACCAGAACCAUCCGUUACCACAGUCCCCUAUUUCUGAGAACCCCCCUGCUGCACCUCUCGGCGCUGUCGCCGUUAAGCGCAGCAUCCACGCAGGUGUCAAGGUGCUCCCUUCAGAGCCAGUGCGGCGCCCAAGGCAUGGUGGCCACCGCAAAGAAGGGGAGCCUAUGGCCCUGGCGCCAGUGCUGCUCAAUGGGUUCCGCUCCACAUCCUCAGACAAUGUGUCAUCAUCCUCCUCCUCAGACAACAGUCCCCGCAGGCCUGAUGAGAAACGAGGCCGGCAUGGUCCGUUACAGCCAGUUGCUGCUAAUUCCAGCCAUGUGGCAAGCACGGAAGCACCGCUUCAAAAUGGCUCCAACUGCGCCCUCCAGUCAUUCAGAGCAUCACCAUCCGUGGACAGCCUCUCCAACUCAUCCUGUGAUAGUCCUCGAAAACCUGAGGAAAAGCGGGGGAGACUGGUAGCAGCCGCACCACCCACAGUAAUCAAUGGAGCACCCUUUAAGGGAAUCUCCUCAACAUCGGCUGAAACUGAUAAUGCUGAGCGGAGGCUCUCUGACAACAGCAAGCGAUAUCCUGCUGCAAGACCACUGCUUAUGCACAAUCAAAGCCCCAGCUCGGACUCGAGACCAGAGAGCGACUACGACCGGCCCUGGGACUUGCCAAGGAUCAAGCGCAGCAAUGGUGACUCGCCUCCGCAAGUCCCCGAUCAUAGGUCCCGGCCGGCAGUGCAGUCGCCCACGCAGCACACUCCAGCGGUGCUGCCCUCGGCCGUCCGGCUGCCACCUCCGUCCCCCGAGAGCACGGCUCCACAAGCCUCAGAGCUCUGUCGUGCCAGCCCUGCGCCAACAGCCUCGAGCAGCAGUGGCGGUGGCCCCAGUUCAUCCUCCCCUUCAGUGGCCAUGAUGGCCUCCUCCUCCUCAUCCUCGUCCAACACGUCCAUCGCGAUGGAGUCACCUGCCGCAGGUCCACCUGCCAGGCCCUGCGCUCCAGCGCGACCCAUGCUCAACCUGAACUUGAACCUGAAUGCAUCGAACUCGCCUAAGCGGUCUCGGCACAACCUUACACUUAACUUUGGUUGCGCCGCUUUGAGCGUCGUUGGCGAGAAAGUAGACACCAGCGUCGCUCUUGAAAAGCAGGGGUGGUACCAUGGCUCGAUCAGUCGCCUUGACGCUGAGAACUUGCUCAGGGUUCUGAAGGAAGGAAGCUACCUCGUCCGCAACAGCGAAAGUUCCAAGCACGACUUCUCACUCUCCCUGAAGAGUGCACGGGGUUUCAUGCAUAUGAAGAUAGUGCACAACGAAGACGGGAAGUUUAUAUUGGGCCAGUUCAGCAAGCCCUUCGAAAGCAUCCCUGAGAUGAUCCAUCACUACUCAGUCAACAAGCUGCCCAUCAAGGGAGCCGAGCACAUGUCGCUUCUCUACCCAGUCAUUGACCAGCUUCUCUGAAAAUGCAUUGGACUGUGCGUCACCUGCUGUGUGCUGGCAGCAUCAUAUAGUAUACGUUUAAUUUUUUUAUUUUCUUUCAAUAUGCCCAUUCUCUUCUUCUAUUGUACUACUGAGUGACAGAUGCCAAAAAAAAAAAAGAGCCAAGCUCUCUGCGCAAUUUAGAGCUUUUUUAAAGUCAGACAGUGUACAGAAACAGUACAUGUGUCGAAUUCUCUUUUCAGCCUUUCCUGUCUGCUUGAGUAAGGACGUAGCUAGCUGAGAUUGUAAGCAAACCACUUCUGUGCAUAUUCUGAGCAAAGUAUUACAACUUUUAAAAUGUAGCCUUCUUUAAUGUUGUGCAUUUUCAUGAACGAGGGAUAUUGCUUGCAUGUUUCAAGCAGAAUGGUGCCACGUUUCACACAAGAAGCAUACACAGUUCUUUUAAACUGAAGUGGAAUAUUACUGCUGACUUAUUUGUGUCUCUUUAUUCUAGCUUAUUCCAUCAUUUAUCUUCUCAUUAUCUUCUCUCAUUAGAAACCAAACAGUCAUGACAUCGUUGUGUCAACAGCUCUGCUAAUUGUCACUCACAGGAUUUUCUAAGUACUAGCAGAUGUUGCUUUCCUUCAUCUGAAGCUUCAGAAACAGCUUUCUGCACCUUAUUUGUCCAUUUCCUUAUCUAUGACAACUGUCGUGGUACUUAGGUGAAAUGUCCUGCGUGGAAGGACUCACUCUCAAGUCUAGAUGUCAAACUACUUCAUUUGUUGAAGUGGCAACAUUCCAUUAUACAUAAUUCACUCUGUUUUUACGGCACAUUAGAUAAUUAAGAAGUGAGGUUAUGUACUUAAUCUUACCAAGUAUUUAUUUCAUUGUUUCCAUGGUGUGAAAUUUUCUAGUCGGUUUAGGCACUUCCUAAGGUACAUAUACAUUUUGUUUCGUAUUACGAAGAGGGUGAAGAUGCGCAUGUGAGUAGUGUAAAAAGUGCUUUUAUUGCCAGUUGCACAGCUGAUGUAUAAGAAUGAAAACAUGCAGUAUGCUUAAGAGGAGCGAAGUAGUCUUUGACCAGAGAAGCGCCUCCAUGGUGCUUUGACUGCCUACAUGUUAACUAUAUCGACAUGCGGCAAGCUUGGGCAGGCAUUCUGCAUCAAAAUCAAAUUCCACUUGAAGAUGCUCAUGCGGUCACAUUCAGCUUGUGUUUAGCAGUUCUUGCUUUUGUUUACCCUAUUGUCACACAGGUAAAAGAAAUGCUGAGGGGUUGUCCUUGAUUAUUAGCCUUUUUCCUCCUGCUAACAGUUUUCUUAUACCGGCUUCCAGAAUGUCUAUAAUUGGUUACACACAGAAAUGGGCUAAUAAUUUUGUUGAACUGUAGGUGCCAAUUAAAUGGUUCUGCUAGGGUGCAGACUUUCAAAUAUAUUGUUGUGUUUUUACCUUCUUCAUUUCCUAUGUCUGAACACGCACAAAAAUUAAUUUCAUUGUGGGUGUUGGCAGAUAUUAGGCAUUUGCCUCAAGAGCCUACAGCAAACGUCAGUGUACUAUAUUAACAUUUUCUGCAGUUACAAGGUGUAAGGAUAUGGCUGUAACUAUUCUUUCAAUUUGCAAUGUGGAACGUUUAUAAAAAACAAGGCUUGUAUAAGCAGGAAACUUCCAGCUGAUAUGCAUGCGCCUCUCUAAAAAUAUGCAAAUCUCUACAAUGUAUUGUAUGGCACUCUUAAAAUUUGCAUACCUAACAAACAGCAUUUAGCCCUGUAAGAAAUUAGUGUUUUGCUUUUGAGAGCUCUCAGUGUGGGAAGUAAUUGGCCACUAGCACUCACUUGCACCUUCAUGAAAAAUAAACAGAAAAUUAAUAUGCAUGUUGUUAUGGUCACCUUCAACACACUUGAUCUCUGGCACCAUCAGGCAAACCAGCAGUGAGGUUACACAUUUAGCAUGAUGCAGUAGCUGAAUCCUGUCAGAGAAAUUUCCCACCUUCAUACAAGUGGCCCAUUGCCAUGAACAAGCUUUGCCUACAUAGUGCCAGUUUGUUGCAUCCUAAACACAUUAUCUUUAUCGUUUCGCAUGAUGCGAGUGGCAAAGUGAUUUUGGUGCCAGGGUCGUUGCCUUGCCGAACAUGCUCAACAUUCUCUGGCGAGUACUGUGGCAUUGAAAUUUUUUCAUCCAUAAGCCGUAUUGUUAUGACUUCUAUCUUUGGAAGAGGUUCUACUACAUGCAAAAUACGGUUGCUUUUUCUAUUUAUCCUGCCAGUCAUUAGCCAGGGUUCGUCUUAUGCUCUUUCAGCUAAGAAUGGAAAAAAUUUGAACAGUUGAAAAGCUGAAUAUUGAUAUAACAAACACUGAAUAAUGAAUUAUCGGAUAUUAUGAAAUAUCAGAUAUAAUAAAAUAAAUGUAUAAUGUUUCUUGCCUGAACUUGACUGCACAACUCUGGGCCGUCCAGCGAGCCGAGGAAGCCGCUUCGAGACAAGGU